UUAAGUUUUCUCUUCAACAUGGCCAAGCCUGACAGCACUCUCGAAAAAUCUCGCUCCGGACGUGAACGUGCGCGCUCACUCAAAAAGCUCUCGGGCUGUUUUCGUCCACUGUGCGCCCGUUGUGUGUGUGUGUGGAGCUGGGCCAAAAAAGCAAAGCAAAGCUCCUUUGCCGAACCAAAUUCACGACUCCCUUCUUGUCUGUCUUUUCGAGACGAUGCCCUAUUUUUAAACAUGGAUUCUUGCGGGCCGUCUCGAACUAACAGGACGAAUGUCAUGGACGGCGUCGGGUCCAGGGUGAUGCGGGGACCCGACUGGAAAUGGGGCAAACAGGACGGCGGCGACGGACACCUCGGCACGGUACGGAACUUCGAAUCGUCCGAGGAAGUCGUGGUCGUCUGGGACAACGGUACUGCUGCCAAUUAUCGAUGUUCUGGCACCUACGACCUGCGUAUCAUCGACAGCGCUCCCACAGGCAUAAAGCACGAGGGCACCAUGUGCGACACCUGCCGGCAGCAGCCCAUCUUCGGCAUCCGCUGGAAGUGCGCCGAGUGUUCCAACUACGACCUCUGCUCCAUGUGCUACCACGGAGACAAGCACCAGCUGCGGCAUCGCUUCUUCCGCAUCGCCACGCCGGGAAGUGAGAGGACCCUGCUGGAGGCCCGCCGCAAAAGCAAAAAGACAGGCGUGCGGGGCAUCUUCCCGAGCGCCCGCGUCGUCCGUGGCGUCGACUGGCAGUGGGAGGACCAAGACGGUGGCAACGGGCGCCGGGGCAAGGUCACUGAGAUCCAGGACUGGAGCGCAGCCAGUCCUCGGAGUGCCGCAUACGUCGUCUGGGACAACGGGGCCAAGAACCUCUACCGUGUCGGCUUCGAGGGAAUGGCUGAUCUGAAGGUUGUCAACGAUGCAAAAGGAGGCACGGUGUACAGGGAUCAUCUUCCGUUGCUAGGUGAGCAGGGCCUGAGCAGGUCUGGAGGCCUGGGCUUCCAGGUGGGGGACCAGGUGAAUGUGGAUCUCGACCUGGAGAUUGUCCAGUCCCUGCAGCAUGGACACGGCGGUUGGACGGAUGGGAUGUACGAGUGCCUUGGACAGACGGGUACGGUGAUCGGAGUGGACGAAGACCAUGACAUCGUUGUCUCCUACCCAAGUGCGAACAGGUGGACGUUCAACCCAGCCGUGCUGACAAGGAUCAACCAUGCUCCUGUGGCGUCGGCAUCGGCGGCGGCGACUUGCGUUUCCAGCGCCGGAGCGUCGGGCGGGGCCGAGGCGGCUGCCCAGCACUUUGCAGUGGGGGACCUGGUGCAGAUUUGCUCCGACCUGGAGCGCAUCAAGAUACUCCAGAGGGGUCACGGGGAGUGGGCAGAAGCCAUGGCACCCACGCUGGGCAAGAUUGGGCGGGUGCAGCAGAUCUACCACGACAACGACCUGAAGGUGGAGGUGUGCGGGACAUCGUGGACGUACAAUCCGGCUGCCGUCACCAAGGUGGCCUCCGACGGAGCGGUCUCCGGGGUGUCCAGUGGAGAGCGGCUGAGUGCGCUGCUCAAGAAGCUGUUCGAGAACCACGUGACGGGUGACGUGAACGAGGAACUGGUCAAGGCUGCGGCCAACGGGGACGCCCAGAAGUGUGAGGAGAUCCUCAAGCGCCCCGAGGCAAACGUGAAUGGUGUAUUUGCAAGCCACACGGCUCUUCAAGCUGCCAGUCAGAACGGGCACGUAGAGGUGGUGAAGAUACUUCUACGCUACAAUGCCGACGUCGAGAUUGAGGACAAAGACGGCGACCGUGCGGUGCACCACACGGCGUUUGGGGACGAGCCGAGCGUCAUGGACCUGCUGGCUAGGGCCGGGGCCGACCUGAACGCCCGCAACAAGCGGCGCCAGACGCCGCUCCACAUUGCGGUCAACAAGGGACAUGUCGGGGUGGUCAAGACCCUGCUCGACCUGGGCUGCCACCCGAGCCUGCAGGACUGCGAGGGGGACACACCGCUGCAUGAUGCCAUCAGCAAGAAGAGGGAUGACAUGCUGACCCUCCUGCUGGACCACAGCGCCGACAUCACGCUCACCAACAACAACGGCUUCAACGCACUCCACCAUGCAGCACUUCGGGGCAACCCAAGCGCCAUGCGAACCCUGCUGUCCAAGUUGCCCCGUCCCUGGAUCGUGGAUGAGAAGAAGGACGACGGCUACACUGCCCUGCACCUGGCCGCCCUCAACAACCACGUAGAGGUGGCCGAGCUUCUCAUCCACCACGGGCGAGCUAACAUGGAUCUGCAGAAUGUGAACCUCCAAACUCCGCUGCAUCUUGCUGUGGAGCGCCAGCAUGCACAGAUCGUCAGGCACCUGGUGCGCGAGGGCUGCAACCUGAACGUCCCGGACAAGGACGGGGACACGCCGCUGCACGAGGCCCUGCGGCACCACACCCUGUCGCAGCUGCGCCACCUGCAGGACAUGCAGGACGUCGCCAAGGUCGGCGCCAGGGGCUCCACCUCGGCUGCUGGGAACCUCGAGCUCCUGAUGGGGUUGGGGAGUCAGGGCGCGGACAAGAAGUCCAGCGCCUCCAUUGCCUGUUUCCUGGUCUCCAACGGUGCCGAGCUCUACAUCAAGAACAAGAAGGGCCAGGCACCACUGGACCUCUGCCCGGACCCAAACCUGUGCAACGCUCUCGUCAAGUGCCACAAGGAUAAGUCCUGUUCCCAGAUUCUGACACCGUCGUCGAGCCCGCGUCCCACCGAGCAGGAGGCGCUGGAGGACUGCAUCGUCUGCUCGGACAUGAAGCGGGACACAUUGUUUGGCCCCUGCGGCCACAUUGCCACCUGCUCCCUCUGCUCCCCUCGCGUCAAGAAGUGCCUCAUGUGCAAGGAGCCCGUGCUGACACGCACCAAGGUUGAAGAGUGUGUCGUCUGCUCGGACAAGAAGGCGUCCGUGCUCUUCAAGCCGUGCGGUCACAUGUGUGCCUGUGAUGGUUGUGCGGCGUUGAUGAAGAAGUGCGUCCAGUGCCGCGCUCAGAUCGACAAGGUGGUUCCGUUUGCGGUGUGUUGUGGCGGCUCAGCUGUUGUGGUCGAAGAAACGGAGGCCAAGAAGAAAACAGUAAACGUGCGUGCUCCACUCUCCAAGUCGGACAUCUCUCUCAACAUCUCCAAGUUCCCGACCGACAAAAAUGAGAACUCUCCGUCAGCAUCAUUGCUGGCCGCCCUUCCCGGUCACGUGAUGAACAAUGGAGUGCGCGACAGCAACGUCAAUGACUUCCAGAAACUGCAGCAGCAGCUGCAAGACAUCAAGGAGCAGACCAUGUGUCCCGUGUGCCUGGACCGCCUCAAGAACAUGAUCUUCCUGUGUGGGCACGGCACGUGCCAGAUGUGCGGCGACCGCAUGUCCGAGUGCCCCAUCUGCCGCAAGUCGGUGGAGAAGCGCAUCCUCCUCUACUGAUGGUUCUGGGACCCUUAGGACCGCACGCUCGCAACCAAUUACAUCCCGGUCGUGAUGGGCAUUUCGGGCCUUUUGCUGCCGGCAGACUGUCGUCGUCUUCUGACCGUGACGAAGCAGACUGCUUAAGACUGGUUCAUACAUUUGCGUUUGAUUAUGACCGACUGCGUCGCAACCACUUGUAACCGCUUCCAAUGAGAGAAUGCACACUGGCGUUGUCUAUCGAGUAUUUGGGAACACUUCAAAUCUGCAUAAGUUUUAGGCACAGUGUUACAAGUAGAGUUCUGUGUUUUCAUAUAAAUCCAAAAAACGCUCGCGGGUGAAAUUUUUCUGCAAUUCGGGUUUAUUCGGAAAGCUCGGAAUUUCCAGGUCAUGCUCGCAAAAGGUAAAAUGAAAGAGGCAGUACUAUUUAAGGAAUAAAUACGGUCAGAGCGUGGGAUCGGUGCUAAGUGCGUAACCUUAAGUAGGUGGCCCCGAGGAGAAGCCACUCCAGUUUACUUUCAAAUCUCGAAAUAAAUUGACAAAAAGGGAUUUACCAUAUCUCUCGUCAAAGUUUGUGUGGGGCAAUGGGUCCUUGUAUAUUUCUGGGCCAUGAAGAAUAGUUUAAACGAUUUUAAAGCGUCGACGACGCUUGUCUGAGAGUUUUGUCGCCGGACGGUUGGUGUUCCCAAAGGGAAGGGCGCCGACGCCAAAUCAACCUAAAGAAAUAAUCCUUCAACACAGGUGUAUUCUUAGAAACUCAAUUUUAUUUCAAAUUUCGAAAAAUUGGGAUGCUAGCACAAUUAAAUUUAAAAUUCCAGAGAAUUGGGAAUCUAACAGAAUUUUCGGCAGAAAAUAAACUCAGAAAAACACACCCACCUAACUUCACGAAGAGUAAACCACCAGAAACACGGAACCCUCUUAUAGUAGUUACAAGCGAACACUUCUCUUGGAUGGGGCACCGAUUUGGUCUUGCAAUACUGCAAAACCUUCAGUCUUGUUAUACUCAGAUUGGAAGUGUUUUUAGGGCCACCUGCUGGAUGUUGGCGGUUGCAGCGCAGCCGGUCACACUCGGGCAUAAACGUGUACUACACCAGCCUUCCCCGGUACAGGGACGAGUACCGACGGUUAUUGGCAUCUCGUAACUGGACUGUUGCAGUGUCCAUUUUUUUUUUUUUUUUGUUUUUAGUUAACAUUGUUGAUGGCUUAUAUUGGUAAUCUAAUUAUGAAUGAACCAAUGGCUCUUUUGACAUGCCGCUCGUGAGUGUGUAUUGGAACCAUUCAUACUUGUGGUUCACAGUUGUGAGAAGAUGCGAUUCUUAAUUGGAUUAAUUCUGUUGCAAAAACAAACGUUGAACCGAUUUUACUUUUUAAUGGUAUUCAAACGGUUACGGGCGGUUAAGAGUAACCCGAGGCCAAGCCGUCGUAGUUUGGAUUUUGUCACCUGCGCUGUCGUAAUUUUGAUUUUUGGCCCGCGUCGUCGUAGUUUGGACUUUUCACCUGCAUCACCAUAGUUUGAAUUUUUCAUCUGUGUGGUUAUUGGAUUUAAGUGACAGACACAGCGGGAGUGCUGUAGCCUGCACGCGGUAUAAUCAUUGAUUACCAGUGCUUGCCAAUUGAUUACCAGCAACUGAAAGAUGAGCAGUUUGCCUAUUACUUUGAGUGUCCCUGAUGUUUUUGUUUUUUCUCUACCGAUUUAUAUGUGGAGCCAAAGAAUCGGUUCAGGUGCAUUGCUAACAUCAAGACCCAUUACAUUUGAAGGGCGUAACGCAAACGUAAUCAGAAGUGGGACUGUUUGAAUCUGGGUAUUUGUAUUUCAACGUCCAUAUGUUCUUAGUCUCGUGUGUCAUCACACAGAGAGAUGCCACUGCUUGUCUUGCAGAUGGUAUAUAAAAACUCUUUUCAUAUGUUACCAGUAACCUAAGGCUGAGGCAUCAUUUAUCUAUCGUUCUUUUUUUCUUUGAAUAUAUCAUUGGUUUUUCCCAAUGAAAAAGUCAUUGCAAUUUGUGCUGCUCACUGAUGCCGUAUCCCUCAAUCGUUAUGGAAGUUGCAAAUCAUUUGAAUGUGUCGCUGUGACAUACCGUCCUAGCGGCCUCCUGUGAGUAACAAAGCAAGGUAAUCCGGAGAGCAAGUCGUCCGCUUCUUGCGCAGGAGUUGCGGUGACGUCAAAACGGCGCGGAGCUCCGAUUGGCUUUGAUUGAACGGAUAGUGGGUAGUCCUCAAUGCUAGAUGCCUUGAGCUCUGCCCACCAUUUUUUUUUAUCAACCAAUAAGAGCUUGGUGUUCUGGCAUCAUCGCCACCCCUGUGCAAGAAGCAAACUUGCGCUCCGCACAUACUUUGUUUCAAACUGGAUGCUGAUUUUGCCAUGGCUGAUUCUCUCUUUUUUUUCCUUUGCUCUUUUAUGCAAGUGAGACUGUAAAUGAAAUUACCACUCUUUCAGCAGAGGGUUAUGUGUAGGUAACUUUCUCGCCGAGAAUUCGGAACUUGUCAGUUGUUCGACCGUUGAUAAUCAAUAAGCAUAGAAAUUGAAUCGGUAGUAGAACACAUUAAAAAGUAACCUGGUUCAUUACAUCAUGUUUUGUAUGUAAUAUUGAACAAAGAAGGAACAGACGUCUUGCUUUUUUGUCCCUCUCAAAAGUUUGCACCUCCUACUACAAUCACUGGCUGAAUUACUGUCAGUGGUGACCGAUAAGGAUUUGCUCACUCUUAGUGUCUGAAGCUUUUUUUUCUUUAUUUCUAUUUUGUUUCCCCACAAGUUUUUUUUUUUUUUUUUUUCUUGUGUCUUGAAAGAGUGGAACUUAAUACUGGCAUAUAUAUAUUGUUCCCUUCAUCCAUGCUGGUAUGCCAGUAUAUAUUUCUGCUAUCAUUUUUUUGCUUUGCUUGCAUUCAAUCUUGGUAUUUUUGUUUUGAGGGUGAUCAAGAAAAGUGUUCCUGCUUGUUUCGAUGGACAUGCAUGUCACACUAUUGUUACAUGUAGAACUUCCCUGCAGGAAUUUGUUUCAUGCACUUCAAGUCUAAGUUUUGUUGUAUGCACUUUCUUACUGUAGAAAUUCUGAGUUAGGCCGUCAUGCUUGUCAUUAAACAUGUUUUUCUACUAUAGUGUAUACGACAUUUAAUCCAAAUGUAAUCCAUCUACUACAUAUUUUAGUUGUAAGUGGCAGAUCUUUUUUUUUUUCUUGCUUUUGAGUUUCAUGAAAUUGCACCCUUUUUUUCUAAUUUUCCCAACUACACUCUUUUCAAUAUUGUAUAAAGAAAUGGUACUCAACAGUGAUAUAAUGCACUGGUUAUUUAGAAACUUUGUUGUCUUUUAAAUUUGUAGACUCUCUUUUACAGGCCCAUUCAAAAGAUUGGGUUUCUUUCAAUUUAUGUACACCUCUGGCUUAAAAAAAAUUGCUCCUUUAUUUUGUUUUUGCUUUGUUCUGUAUUUUUCCUAAGAUAUAUGCAUUUAGAAAGUUUAUUUUGCCAAUCAAAGCUUCCUACAUAUUGCAAUGCCCUACCAGCCACUGCCUGUGCUGGCAUUGCAGGAAAUGGUGGCUGCAGUGGUAACAAACUAGUGACGUGUUGUUGCCAAAGUACUCUAACAAACAGCUGCAUUAAAUUUGAGAUGAGGCAAAGUUUCUUAGGUAGUCGCAUUUCACUCCGCGGUGAAGUAUAGUUAGCACCUGAACAUAUGCCUGCAAAUAUGCAUUUUUUUACUGCGUCACUGUGGCUACAGCGUUACUGGUACUACUGGACUCUUGCAGAUCUGUGUUGUAACAUUACGGAAAAGUGUGUGAUUAGUGAAGCAUGAAAGGUGCCUGUGAAAAGCAAAAGUUAUGCAAGUUGUAGUGGGUGUUUUGGCGCGAUGGAGAUUUGAUGUGUCUAAUGAAACAUUGUCUGUUGUGCUUCUGCCGCUUGCUUCUGCAUGUAUUGCAUUCAAAUUGAGCAUUUUUCCUACCUGCUAACACAAGCCUGAUUCAGAUAUCCUAGAAAUUGAAGGUACAUUUUUUUAGGGCUCUAGUGUUAGGAUGGCUGUAGAGUCAUUUGCAACACUUGCAUAAUAGUGUCUUUGUAGGCAUUGUAUUUUAAGCACUAUCUAAAAUCUAGGCAUUUCUAAAUUGAAGUCUUUGUGGUCUGCUAAUUUGUGUUGACCAUGUAUUCUUCUUUUACUGCAUCAAUGGUGAGGAACAUGAAAGGUGUUUUCCAAAAGCUGUGUAGGCUGUCUUAUUUGCCCAUGUGACCCAGAAUUGUUUAACAUGUAUCGCAGAGUGCUCUACAUUACUGCCAAUGUCUACUCUGACAUGCUAAUUCUUCCCUCUUGUGUGGCAUGAAUGUGCAGCUAUAAGCUUUAGUAUUUAUUCAUCUUGCUUCUUAUUCUAAGUGCACUGCAGUGACUGCUUUCAUAAUAUAUGUUUGUGUGGUUUACAAGAGUGUUGUCUUGCAGAAGUCCCAGUUCGAAAUCUAUUUUUUUUUUAAGAAUUGUCUGCUUGCUUGGACGCCAAGACCACACAAAACCUUUUUUUUUUUUUGUAGUUAUUAUGUUUUGUUUGCUUAUAUUUAUUGCACAUUAAAGCUUUCCUAUCCAAAACAUGCAUCCUUGUGUGUUCUUCUUGGACGUCUUCGUGUGUCUGGUUAUUCCAUGCUGUGAAAUAUAGCGGAUUCCAUUUUUUUUUCUGUAGGAAUAAACCCUUGCUCGCAUGCAAUGCUCUUGCAUCGUUAUCAAAAUGAAAAUAAAGAUUUAUAAUGAUACUUCA